GGGAGGGGUGGAGAGGAGGGGGAGGGGCGGAGCGCAGCGAGAGAACCACGAGACAGGAGGCCCGGGCCCUGGCUGCGUCUACUGACUACGCCGACUGACUACGAGGUCCCUCGUGUCCUCCCUCGUGUCCUCCUCCUCCCUCGUGUCCUCCCGCUGCAAUUCUACCGCCUCCACGAGACGACGCUGCUGCUGCUGUUCGUGCACGCCGCCGUGUCCCCGCUGUCCACGCGGUGUCUCCGCCGUGUCCCCGCUGUCCACGCGGUGUCCCCGCCUUGUCUCCGCCGUGUCCCCGCUGUCCACGUGCGCUCUCUGCGACUGCAGCGAUGGAGGAGGCAGCGAUGCCGGCAGGCGAGAAGCUGGCCGAGGGGAAGACGAAGGCUGUGUUCGCCGUGGACGGGCAGCCCGGGAGGGUGCUCGUGCAGUCACGCGACAGCAUCACGGCGGGAAACGCGGCUCGGCGUGACCACCUGGAGGGCAAAGCGGCGCUGUCCAACCGCACCACGACUGCCGUUUUCGCCCUGCUGAACGACGUUGGGAUCCGCACGGCGUUCGUGAAGGCGCAGGGCAAGACGGCGUUCUUGGCCGAGCGCUGCGACAUGGUGCCCAUCGAGUGGGUGUGCCGGCGCGUGGCCACGGGCUCCUUCCUCAAGCGCAACCCGGGGGUCGCCGAGGGGCUCCGCUUCGCCUCCCCAAAGCUCGAGAUCUUCUUCAAGGACGACGCCAACAACGACCCGCAGUGGUCGGAGGAGCAGCUCGUGGCGGCGCAGCUUGCCCCGGCCGGCCGCCUCAUCGGGACGCACGAGGUGGCCGUGAUGGCGCGCACCACGCAGGCCGUCUUCGAGAUCCUCGAGCGGGCGUGGGCCACGCAGGUGUGCACGCUCGUCGACAUGAAGGUGGAGUUCGGGGUGAGCGUGACGACGAAGGAGAUCCUGCUCGCCGACGUCAUCGACAACGACUCGUGGAGGCUGUGGCCGGCGGGAGACCGCAGGCAGCAGAAGGACAAGCAGACGUACCGAGACCUGUCUGAGGUGACCCCGGAUGCCCUGCAGGUCGUCAAGAAGAACUUUGAGUGGGUGGCCGAGCGCGUGGAGCUGCUGCGCACGCCGGCCGGGGGGAGCGGUGACGGCCGCGUCGUGGUGCUCAUGGGCUCGGCGUCGGACCAGCCGCACGGUGACAAGAUCCUCGCCGCGUGCCUUCACCACGGCGUGCCGUGCACCCUGCGCAUCUCCUCCGCCCACAAGGGCCCCGACCAGACCCUGGACAUCAAAUCGUCUUACGAAGCGGACGGCGUCCCCACGGUGUUCGUGGCGGUGGCCGGGCGGAGCAAUGGGCUAGGCCCCGUGCUCUCGGGGAACACGGUGUGCCCCGUCAUCAACUGCCCCCCGCUGUCUGCCGAUUGGGGGGCCCAGGAUGUGUGGUCCUCGCUCCGUCUCCCCGGAGGUCUCGGGUGCAGCACCGUCCUGUCCCCGGAGGCGGCCGCCCUGUGCGCCGCUCAGAUGCUGGCGCUGAGCAACCACCUCGUGUGGUGCCGCUUGCGCGCUCAGCAACUCGGCACCUGGAUCGGGCUCCUCGACUCGGACCGCAAGGUGCAGGACAAGGGCCGCGGGCAUGUGUAGGUGCCUGGUGAAGUGUUGGCGCUGGCUCGGCGUGCGAUCGGUCUCCCCCGUUGUUCCCCAGAGCACGUGGCUCGACCUUCGGUUGCUUCCCCUCCCCGUGGCGGCUUUCUACCAACGAUGAGCCGAUUCCUCGCGCUCACGGUACGGACGCGUCAAGUCGCGUGCGUGCUAGCGGAUCGAUUUAGUUUGUCGGUUGGUUCACACGUGACCACUUGCUCCGACUCGAGGCGCCACAUUCACAAGUGUUCAAGAAGCGGUCUGUUAAUUGAACCGAUUUUGCCCCCCCCCCCCCUCAGAAUCAUGAAUCAUGACAGUUCAUAGAAUCGGUGCGGGCAGCGAUGAAUGAUUGCAGACUUAGCGUCAAGUGCUCGAUUCUCAUACUCAGUCAAAUUUGGAAAUAAGCACGCCCCUGCUUGUAGCAGAAGUUGGCCAUAACCUUCCCCCACCAGUGAAAGUCAGCACGCGUUGCUUAUGCAGUACCAGCGCUGUGCUUAUAUAAGGCGUGCUAUAUUUCAACUUCUACUGUACGCGGUCGCUAUAACUUGUAUGCUCGCAGUAAACGCAAAAAAAAAUAACUGUAUUGUAUAACAUUUGAUCGACGAUUCGAAUUGCGAUGGGGCGGAAUCGCUUUACAACAGGCCGAGGGUUUAACGCGGCGGCGGCGGCGGCGGCGUUGUUCUUUGUUACGGUUUGCUCGCGUUAUCUCGUCGGGCUCGUUGGACACUGCCAUUUCAAUCGACGCCGGGCGUCUCGCCGCUCAAGUCGGUGCACGAAUCCGGCGCCGACAACGCGCCGAAUCGAUGUUGCGCGCAAUUUGCUUUUUUGGCUGCGGCCACUGCCGAGCACGAUCAUUAAACGCAGCUAAAAAAAA